AUGACCUUCCUGGCAUGUGGCCUUCUGCUGCUGUUGGUGCUGCCAUCCCUAGGGGCUGGCCCAGCCCUGGACAGGGGCUUUCCCAGGCCUCUUGAGGCCUCCAAACCACACCUGGUUCCAGCUCAGCCCACAGGCACAAUGGGUACAAAGUCCCAGGCCCUUAAUGUCCUUUGGGAGAACCCCAAAGAUGAGAACCCCUGGAACUUUGGUGCUCCCCAGGGCCCUUCAAAGGAGAAGCCUAAAAAAUUUGCUGACACUCCCUAUGGUCCAGCACUGCAUGGGCCAACAGCAGCUCAAGAAGUUCAGAGAGAAGCUCUCCCAGUCCCUUAUGACCUCCAGACUCCUCGUGGGCUUGGCUCUCAGGGAUGGACAGGGCCCCUUGACCCCCAGGAGCCUCUGGAGCAAGAAGCACUGUCCCCUCAUCCACUGGAGUCUCCUCAUCUGACUUUUCUUCCCACAACUCCCAGACACCAGCCUGGGGUAGCCUCAGUCCCAGCUUCCCCAGAGGAGCCUGCAGGCCAGGCAGGGCAGCAACCACCUAGAGACGGAGCUCUGACAACCAAGACCAACAUCACCUUUGCAGAGACUUUGUCCUCGAACAACCAGGGCCCUUCCCGAACUCUCAGGACCCACUCAGACACUAGCCGGGGACCAAUUCUGCCCAAACUGGGUGAGGAUGAGGAAGAUGUGGAAAAGGCAGUUGGAGGCCCAACCUUCACCCAGCAGGAACUUGCAGCCCCUAAUGUUGACUCCAUGUCCUCAGUUGAAGGGACAUCCUCUCAGGGUCCUGAGGCCCAACCAGAUUUAGGAUUGGCCAGAAGCCUUCCUACUGCUGAGGAGCUGCAGGUUGAACUCCCCAAGAAGGUUGGGGGCAACCAGAACAUUGGCUUUCCAGCACCUCCGCUCACAGAGACUGACCUCUCUGACGCAAAAGGCUCCCCAGGACUCCAGCUCCCGGGUCCUCCGUCUUUAGAGGCUCCUGAUAGACACCCCGAGCCAGAGAUAGCAGCAAUGAAUGGAGCAGACCCUAUCUCUCCUCAGCAAGUGAGAGGGGCAAUGGAGGUUCCAGGCUCUUCCAAGUCCCCAAUUCCUGGCCUCUCAGACCCUGGCAUGGCUAGAAAUCUAACAGAGAGCCCCGUGGGAGCUCUGCAGCCAGAUGAAGUUGAGGAGUGGCCCGGCCGCCCCCAAAGCCAUCCUCCAGCACCCCCUGUGCAGGCUCCCUCAACUUCCCGCAGGGGUCUCAUUCGAGUCACAACUCAGCGAGCCCUGGCUCAGCCUCUCCCACCAGAGCCCUCCGGUAGCUCUAUUGCACCAGCCCUGGCCUCCAGUCCUCCAGCCAACGUCACUGCGCCUCCCCUGCUCUGGGGACCCCUGCGGCGGGUACUGAGCUUUUCCUGGGAACUGCACGUCUAUGGGGUGGGGACGCUUUUCCUGGUGCCAGUGUUGUUGGCACUAGCCACACUGGUAGCCGCCCCAGCAGAGCCUCGUCUGGCACUGGUGGCUUCAGUACUGGUGCUAGUGGCUUCAAUUCUCAGAUCAGUCUACAUGCUCACUGACCCUUAUGGUUCUCAGGCACGGCUGGGUGUGCGGGCAGGCCUGAUGCUCUACAACUUGCCGUACCCCUUGUUGGUCACUGCGCUAGCGGCCCUGACCCUUCUCGGCCUGGGUGCGGGGCUGCCACCACCGCUGCAAAACCCCCUUCUGCUGGGCGUGUUAGCGUCGGUGCAUGGCGUUGGGCUGCUGGCUGCUGACCUUCUGUCCCCUAUACCUGUGCUCAACUUCCUACUACAAGGCUUAUCGUGCGCCUGGGGUGCAGCAGUGGCUCUGGGCACCCUCUGUCUGUGCAGGCGCCGCCUGUUGGAGAGGCCCCAUGGCUGGGAUACCAGCCCCGGACCACGACUGCUGGCUGUGGCGGGUGCACUGGGGUUGCUGGCCAGUGGACUGCAAUUGGCAGCUGCGCUGUGGCUGUACCCAAGCCCAGGCCGAGUGGGACGCUUUUCAUGGGCCUGGUGGGGUGUUCACUUCUGGUUGCGCCUGCUGGAGCUGACUUGGGCUCUGGCCCUGGCCCUGGCGGCUGUGGCUGCUGCGAGGCCUAGGCCACCCACAGAGCACGCUUGUUGGGCGAAACUGCUACGCCUGGCAUGUCCUGCGCCAUCAGGCAAGAGCGAAGUGCCCGAGACACCAAACAACUGCUAUGCAGGACCCAGUGGCGUGGGUGCAGGCAGCUUGGACAUCAGCAAGAGUCUCAUUCGAAACCCUGCGGAAGGCAGGCUGCCUGUCACACCCCAUUCUGGAGCCUGGGGCUCUGCGGCAUCUCUAGGCCAGGGUACCCAGGGUGUUCCGGUCCUGUCCCGCAACAGCGUGACACCAUCACUGAGUGAACUGGACAUCCGGCCACCAUCACCCAUUAAUCUGAGCAGAAGCAUCGACGCAGCGCUCUUCCGCGAGCAUCUGGUACGGGACAGCGUGUUCCAGAGGUGCGGGCUUCGUGGCCCGCUCUCGCAGCCCGAGGGUGCUCCGUGGCUGCGCCGGGGCAGCCACCCCGACAGCGAGCUGGACAGGGGCAGCUCUUCGCUCCUGCGUGGCCGCUGCCGCUCGCUCAGUGACGUGCGUGUGCGUGGGCCGGUCCCACAGCACGUGAUGGACGAGAUCGACCAGGCGGUGGUGUCAGGCAGCUCCCUAGACAGCAUGUCGCGGGGCUCGCUCAAGAUCAGCUGGAACCCGUGGCGCCACGGCCUUUCGUCGGUGGACAGCCUGCCACUGGACGAGCUGCCCAGCACGGUACAGCUGCUGCCUGCUCCGUCUUCUGCCCAGGCCUCUGCCCCUGGUAGACCUGUGGAGGCUCAGGGCGAGGCCCAGCCCCGCAAACCCGGGGACUCCCGCAGUGCCUCCAGUGACACCAUCGAGCUCUGA